AUGCAUAGUCACGGCGGAUUGCACGGCGGACUGCACGGCGAACUGCACGGCGGCUCGCACGCGCAGCACGAUGAUGUCGAGCUAUCCGACAGCCAGGGACAGGUGGACAGCGAUGGUGACGUGGCGGACGAUUUUAUCGAGGUGGAGCAGUGCCCGUAUCCCCGCGAUUCCCGCGAUCACUUCCGCGAGAGGAGGACUCGCGGCAGUUGCAGCCGUGGAGCAGGAAUGCGAAGCAGCAGGAGAGCGAGGAGGGCAGGUGAGGUGAUCGACCUCACUGCGGAUAGCGACGGCAGCGACGGCGCUGCUGAUGCCGCUAAUAACCGCGCGCGUGGUGCCACGACUACCGCCACUGCCACUGCUGCUGCUGCCGCUGGGUGGGGCAGCGAGUGGGGCACAGCGCCUCCCGAGUGGGCGAGUGAGGACGUGAGCGUGGACGUGGAGUGUGCGGCCUGCCACGUGCUCAUUCCCAUCGACCGCUCUCUGGAUCUCCCCCGCUGCUCCUGCCUGCUCUGCCUCUCCUGCGCGCGCGCGUCCUUCCGCCCGCAGAUGCUCGAGCUGAAAGCGCAGCUAGUGAGUGAGCAGAACACGGCGAGACACGUAGCAGACAAGGGAGAAAAGGCAGGCACGGGGUUAUCUGAGAGGCGAGAAUCGCCUGCGAGAUCUUCCGAUAGCAGAGAUUCCAUGGCCUGCCCGUGCUGCGGACAGCCAGUCCCAGCCCUCCACGUGCAAGCGCUCCUGCCCGAAGAGUUCCGGCAGUGGGAGGAAGCGGCGACGUCCGCCGCCCUCGCGGCGUUUUCCCGGGCAGAUGAAUUUGUCCGCUGCCCGGGAUGCGACGUGCUGGUGGAGAAGCUGCCCGCGGAGCCGCCGCCGGGCGCAAUUCUCUCCGGAGUUCCCGAGAUCGACAGGACGGCGCCAAUGGCGGAGCGAGACGAAGAAGGGCGCGUGCUGUCGCGAGAAGCGAUCGUGCACAAGGCUGGGAACAGGUUCCGGUGUGGAGAGUGCGCGGUGGUGUUCUGUGGGUCGUGCCGUGCACACCCGUACCAUCUGGGGCUGUCGUGUGCUGCUUACGCUGCCCGGCUUGCUGCUCCCAAGUGCUUGUACUGUGGGGAGAGAGUUGAGGGUGGGAUGGGAGAUGGGAGGGAGGGAGACGGGGCGGGAUGGGGCAGUAGUAGUGGUGGUGGUGGAGGAGGAGGAGGAGAAGGAGACACAGGGUGGUGUGUGGAGAAGAGUGACUUAGCAGCAGUGGCAGCCCUGGCAGCGCGUGUGUGCGGUGAGGAGCAGUGCAGGGAGAAGCUGAAGGCUGCAUGCACGCGCACCAGCCCCUGUGGCCAUCCGUGUGGGGGCGUGCGUGGGGAGGUUCAGUGCCUGCCGUGCCUGCAGGAUCCGUGUCUCGAAAAACUUCACACAGCAGCAGCAGCAGCAGCAUCAGCAUCAGCUUCCGCAACCGCUGCUGCCGCUGCCGCUGCUGGUGGUCAUGGUGUUGGUAGCAGCCAAGCAGCCGGCAAGGGCAAAUCGCUCCUCCGCUCCUCCGCUGCUCCUCCACCCCAGGCGAGCCCGCCUCUCCCAUGUGCCAGCGACUUCUGCCCCAUCUGCUGGGUGGAGCCCAUCUGUGCCGCGCCUGCCAUCCGCCUGGCUUCAUGCGGCCACGUGGUGCAUGUGGUGUGUGCGCGGGAGAAGAUCCGCCGCUCGUUCCCCGGCCCGGAUAUCUCCUUUGGGUUCCUCGCGUGCCCGCUGUGCCCCUCCACCACCAUGGCCCAUCCUGCUCUGCAGGGAGAGCUGGCUGCUUCUCUGGUGCUCAAGAAGCAGGUGGAGGAGCUGGCUGUUGAGAGGAUGAGAGCUGAAGGGCUGGUUGGGGGUGGGGGUGCGGCUAAUGGAGCGGAUGUUGAUGGUUGGGAUGGUGGGGAAAGAGACAGGGAGAGGCGUGGAGUGCGUGGGAGGCACGAUGGCUAUGUGCAUGGAAAUAUGGAGGGGUAUGGCAAUGCUGGCGGAAGGGGUUUACGGAGUGGGAAAGGGAGUGAGAAUGGGAGGGAGAGAAGCGGGAGUGGCAGCAGUGCGGGUGGUGAUGUGCUGGCUGUGGCGUUGCGGCGAUUUCUGUUCUUCCUCUGCUCCCGCUGCCAGCUUCCGUACUUUGGCGGCGACAGGAGGUGCGGCGCCGGACCUGCUGCCGCCGAGCCUGAUGAUCAGGCUGGGCACGGCGAUCCAGGAAUGGUUCAGGCAGGAGGAGCGAGGGAGGGCGGAGGGGAGGAAAGGGCAGGGGGGAGAGGAGGUGCGGUGAAGCCAAAGAGCAAUGAACUGGUAUGUGGUGAUUGCCUGGCAUCUGAAGCUUUGGCAAAGCAAAGGGCUGCUGCAGCAGCUGCUGCUGUUGCUGCAGAGGAGCAGCGUGGCAAAGAGAGGGGCAUGGAUAAGGGCAAAGGAAAAGCGGUUGGAGUUUCUGGGGUAGGUGGCAAGGAUCAGUUGUGGGAAGCAGGUGAAUGCACUGGUAACCAUGGCCGGGGCUUCAUCCAGUUCAAGUGCCGCUUCUGCUGCUCCACUGCCUCGUACUUCUGUUUUGGCACGACUCAUUUCUGUGCUGAGUGCCACGAAUCUCGUCCCGACUCUUCGCGGUCCAACUACGUUGUACCUCAGUGUACUGGUGGGGACAUUUGCCCGUUGCGCCUGGUGUGGCACCCUCGCGCUCCUGACGAGUUUUGUCUCGGUUGCGCAUUGUGUCGGUUACAAGGACAAAAAAUGGCACAUGGACAGAGAGGAGGGCAGGGUUAG